UACACACGCAGACACACAUGGACACCCACUUGCACAUACACACAGACAGCCACACACACUCAAACUCAAACACACUCCUAUUCACACACAUUUACAGACACACACAGAAUUACCCACAGUGACUCUCUCGCACUCACACACACACGGAAAAACAGGCACUCACUCACUUUCACACUCACUCACUCACUCAUUCACAUAUUCACUGCCUUUCACACGCACGCAGUGCUCCCCUCACUGCUGCCUCUUGUCCCACAGGCCACGGGUCAAGCAUUGGAGGAGAAGGACGAACGAUGGGGGAAAUGGAGGAGCUGAAGCAGGAGAUGGAGUCGCUCAAGCAGCAGAUCAUGGAGCGGAGAAAGGCGGUGUGUGACAGCAGCCUGGCACAGGUUGCCGCAGGGGUGGAGCCAGUGAACCGGAUCCAGAUGAGGAUCAGACGCACACUGCGAGGUCACCUGGCCAAGAUCUACGCCAUGCACUGGGGCACCGACUCCCGGCUGCUGGUCAGUGCCUCCCAGGACGGGAAACUCAUCGUCUGGGACAGUUACACAACCAACAAGGUCCACGCUAUCCCGCUGCGAUCGUCUUGGGUGAUGACGUGCAGCUACGCCCCCUCGGGGAACUGCGUGGCCUGCGGUGGACUCGACAAUGUCUGCUCCAUCUACAACUUGAAGACCAAGGAUGGCAACAUCAAGGUCAAUCGCGAGCUGGCGGGGCACAACGGUUACCUCUCCUGUUGCCGCUUCCUCAAUGACAACGAGAUAAUCACCAGCUCCGGGGACACCACCUGCAUCCUGUGGGACAUCGAGACGGGCAAGGAGAAGACGACAUUCCUGGGCCACAGCGGGGACGUGAUGAGCCUGGCUGUCUCUCCCGAUUUCUCCCUCUUCAUCUCCGGCGCCUGCGAUGCAACCUCCAAGCUGUGGGACAUCCGUCAGGCUCAGUGUCGACAGACCUUCCUGGGACAUGAGUCCGACAUCAAUGCCAUCUGUUUCUUCCCCAGCGGUCAGGCCAUCUGCACAGGCUCGGACGACGCCAGCUGCCGCCUCUUCGACCUGCGCGCAGACCAGGAGCUGGCCGUCUACGCCAGCGAGGCUAUCCUCUGCGGCAUCACGUCGCUGGCCUUCUCCUGCAGCGGGCGCCUCCUGCUGGCCGGCUACGACGACUUCAACUGCAACGUCUGGGACACGCUGAAGGCGGAGCGCUGUGGUGUCCUGUCCGGACACGAUAACCGCAUCAGCUGCCUGGGGGUGCCGGACAACGGGAUGGCGGUGGCGACUGGAUCCUGGGACAGCUUCCUGAAGAUAUGGAACUGACCGGGGGCCGGGCGCCCGGA